UCGCUUAGGUACGCUAAGGGAAAGGGACGUUCAUUAAAUGGCCGACCGUUUGCUAGUCCCUCCCCUAAAUUGUUAGUAGUUGGAAUGCUCGGACGGAAAAUCCAUUUAGUUCUGGUGCUGUCCUCCGACUGUUUGUUCACCUGUUGAUCCGUGUCUGAGUCAAAUUCCCUUCGCUCUGUUGCUGUUUCAUUAGUUGGCAACAAGUUCUGCACCUUGUGUUCAGCAAUCAAACGAAGGCCAUUCAAAGCUAUUGAAUUCACACAAUUUUCUAGCAGACAGUGCAGGUGAAUCAUCAAACUCUUGUGGCGAUUGUGAAGAUCAAUAACAGUCAGAUCAAGUUGGCAUUGCUCGAUCUCGAUCUGCCGCCGGAAAUGGAAAUCUCCUUUGCCAACUGAACUCCACCGUCUUCACGUUUUUUUCAGCAUCGGUCACUUUUUGCUCCCACAAAAAAGAAAUUUCUUGAUCGAGUCGGCGCUUCGUCAUCUUAGGCAACCUCCAUCAUUUGCUCGUAGCAAGCAGAAAUGAAUGAGAUGGUUGUGGGAAGAGUUACGCUCAUCAAAAAAUCAACGUUCAGACCGUCACUUCCCGACGAUUGGAGUCCAACGGUGACCGAGAUUUCCAAAACCAAUUUCGAAUGGAACAUUCAGUUUGCGUUUCUAGACAAUCCCACCACUUCUAUCAAAUCGCCCCGCUUUUUAUCGGAAGAUUAUUGUGCUUGGACCCUUAGCCUCCGUGAUACGAACCUAUUCAUUGAUAUUCUACUGCAUUUGGAACGAGGUGCACAGUAUUCCGAAAUUGCUAAACCCAUUCAAGUGAGCACCAGGAUUGCAAACAAGAAAGGCGAAUCGCUUUAUCCUUCCGAAAAGCUGACCGUUUUUCCGAACGAUCUUAUUUCCUCUGACGAAGACAUGGUGUAUAGCAUCGAUAAACAAGAUUUUAGGAAACCAAAGUUUAAUGGAACGAGAGACAACUUAAACAUCUACUGUACUGUCGAAAUUAGUACUUUAAAAACCAAAUCGGGUUUAUAUUCAUCUAAAGAUUCAUCUGACAUUCGUCGGAGUCAGUUGAUUCUGACGCAGUUGGAAGAGUUUUUAGAAAACAAAACACUGAGUGACGUUAACUUAAAUGUCGGAGGGCGAGUCUUUCAUGGCCACAAGAUCAUCCUAGCGGCAAGAAGCAAAGUAUUUGCCGCCAUGUUCAAUCAUGAAACAGCAGAGAAAUUGUUGAACAACGUAGACAUCCAAGACGUCGAUCCUGACGUUUUCCAAGAAGUCCUUCGUUACGUGUACACAGGCCAGAUGUCUCCUGGAACGCUGGACAAAAUGGCAGUCGGUGUUUUGGCGGUGGCGGACAAGUAUUUUCUGGACCAGUUGAAAGCCGAGUGCGAAACUCAUUUGAUGAAGAGGAUGUCCGCCGACAAUUGCUUGGAGCUGCUUGCACUCGCCGCCCAGCCGCAUCCAGCGAUGCAUUUGAAAAAGUAUGCCGUUGAUUAUUUCCGGCGUUUCGCUUCUCUUGUGAUGGCGACCGAUGGAUGGAAAAAGGCGAAAAAAGAGAAACUCAUUUGGUCGUGCGAAUUAAUUGAAAUGCUCUUUGCCUGAUGCUGUUUUAUGUCUAGCAUGAUUUAAAAAUUGAUUGUAUUGUUUGAUGAAAGUGACUUACAAGAAGCGAUCUAAAAUGAGUCUGUUCUCUAUCUGUUGUUUGUGUUCUGUGUUCUGUUGUUAUCAGUUAUGAUUUCACUGUGAUGUGCUGCGGAACAAGGAAAUCGAAAAUAUACAAAGAAAAGUUGAUCAAAGUAA